AUGGCCACCAUCACUCAGACAAGCCUCAUUGACCAUGAGAAACUACUCAAAAUUAGCAACAAACAGAAACUAUACCCCACCAUAUCGUCCCUCACAAAAGCCAGGGAAAAUGUCGAAGUGCGUGAGGUGUCUGCGAAGACGGAACCGCUGCCUGAUAUCCCACUGCCACCACCAUCCAAGACUCCUACCGAAGUGUUGAAAAUCGAUAGAGAUACUCCAGAUCACCAUGUACCACGUGAUCCGCGGCUCAUAAGGUUGACGGGUGUGCAUCCAUUCAAUGUCGAGCCACCACUAACAACUCUCUUCAAUGAAGGCUUCUUGACGCCUCCCGAAUUAUUCUACGUGCGAAAUCACGGGCCCGUACCGCAAGUUCGUGACAAAGACAUUCCAUCGUGGGAAAUUAGCAUAGAAGGGCUUGUCGAAAAACCAAUUGUUUUAAAUUUCAAGCAGGUGCUCCAAGAAUUCGAUCAAAUCACUGCUCCUGUCACCAUGGUUUGUGCUGGAAAUAGACGUAAGGAACAAAACCAAGUGCGAAAGUCAAAAGGUUUUUCCUGGGGUGCAGCUGGUAUCUCAACAGCUUUAUGGACAGGCCCGAUGAUGGCUGAUAUAAUUAAACGGGCGAAGCCUCUCAGAAAGGCAAAGUAUGUCUGUAUGGAGGGGGCUGAUAAAUUGCCAAAUGGAUAUUAUGGAACUUCGGUGAAACUUAAUUGGGUAUUUGACCCCAAUAGAGGUAUCAUGCUUGCUCAUAGAAUGAACGGAGAGCCCCUCCCUCCGGAUCAUGGCCGGCCAUUGAGAGCCGUAAUACCCGGACAGAUUGGGGGACGAAGUGUAAAGUGGUUGAAGAAAUUGAUUCUGACCGACAAGCCAAGUGAAAACUGGUAUCACAUUAACGAUAACCGAGUUCUACCAACGAUGGUCACGCCUGAGCAAGCUGCCCAAGAACCCAAAUGGUGGACUGAUGAUCGGUAUGCUAUAUACGACUUGAAUGUGAACUCAGUAGCUGCUUUCCCACAACACAAUGAAGAGCUGCAUUUAUCAACCGCUGGUCCUAUCUAUACAGCUAAAGGGUACGCCUAUGGAGGAGGUGGCAGACGGAUAAAUCGUGUUGAAAUUUCAUUAGAUACGGGGAGAUCUUGGCGAUUGGCAAACAUAGAAUACCCCGAGGACAAAUAUCGCGAUUUUGAGUCGACACUAUUCGAGGGUCGAGUUGAUAUGUAUUGGCGAGAAGCCAGCUUCUGCUGGUGCUUCUGGAAUCUCGAAAUCCCAGUAUCAAUUCUGAAAGAGAGCAGUGCAAUCCUAGUGCGGGCGACGGACGAAUCUCUCAAUAUUCAGCCCCGGGAUAUGUACUGGUCGGUUCUCGGAAUGAUGAAUAAUCCCUGGUUCAGAGUCGCCAUUCUGAAGGAAGAUGACGUCCUCAGAUUUGAACACCCAACGCUACCUGCUCUCCAACCCGGUGGCUGGAUGGAUCGAGUCAAGAAGGCUGGCGGAGACCUAACAAAUGGGCAAUGGGGCGAAAAAUCAAAAGAUGACGAAGGUUCAGCCGCCAGCAACCGGCAACCCAUGAAGGAGAUUUCGAUGAAGAAGGACGGUGUUAAUCGCAGUAUCAAUAUUGAGGAAUUGAAAGCCCAUAGCUCGACUGCAGGGGCGUGGUUUGUUGUGAAUGGAGAGGUAUACGAUGGGACCAACUUUCUGGAAGGCCAUCCUGGUGGUGCCCAAAGUAUUGUCUCGGCAGCUGCUACAGAUGCGUCGGAAGAAUUUCUCGCAAUUCACAGCGAAACUGCCAAGGCAAUGAUGUGCUAUUAUCAUAUUGGCACCCUCGACAAGGAAGCCCAGGACAUACUGAAGGAUGAUUCUCAAAAUCAGUCCUCUUCACAAACCCCAGAUGAGAAGUUCCUUCACCCCAAAGUAUGGAAGAAGGCCGAGCUCUGUGCCAAAGAGUCCAUCUCGUGGGAUACUCGCAUAUUCACAUUCAAACUCGAAAACGAAUCCCAAACUCUCGGCCUGCCUACUGGCCAACAUCUGAUGCUGAAACUGAAAGACGGUUCUUCUUCCGAAUCAAUUAUCCGAUCGUACACACCGCUGUCAGAAACAAACCAGAUGGGGACCCUUGAUGUACUCAUCAAAAUCUAUUUCGCGACCGAAACCUCCAAAGGCGGCAAAAUGACCAUGGCGCUCGAUAAACUAAGCAUAGGCGAUACAGUCGACAUCAAAGGACCGAUCGGAAAAUUGACCUAUAUUGGGAACGGCCGGGUUCUGCUGAACGACAAGGAGCGUCAUGUAAAAUCGUUUCGCAUGAUUUGUGGCGGAAGUGGCAUCACGCCUAUCUUCCAGAUUCUGAGAGGUGUAAUGCAAGACACUACUGAUCCUACAGAAUGCGUCGUUCUCGACGGAAACAGACUCGAAGAAGACAUUUUGUGUCGAGAGGAACUCGAUGCGCUUGUAUCUGGAGGCGACCCAAGGUGUACAAUUGUGCAUACUUUGACGAAACCUUCCAGUUCUUGGAAAGGUCUAAAAGGCCGUAUAUCAGAGGGCUUGUUGAAGAAAUAUGUGGUGCCAAGGGAAGAUAGCUUGGUGUUGAUAUGUGGACCGCCUGCGAUGGAAAGCACAGCAAAGGAGAUUUUGUUGGCACAGGGGUGGGAUGAAAAGGACCUUGUUUUCUUUUGA